ACCGCGCCCGCGCCCCGCGCAGGUAGAGCCGGGCUCCGGGCGCGCGCGGGGGCCGCAGCGGCUGCCACCCCACCUCGCCUCGGCCCCGAGCUAGAGCCUCGCGCGCCCAUGGCCGGCUCGGAGCAGCAGCGGCCGCGGCGGCUGGACGACGGAGACGCGGCCGCGGCGCCCCUGCAGGACGCGGAGCUGGCCCUUGCCGGCAUCAACAUGCUGCUCAACAACGGCUUUCGGGAGUCGGACCAGCUCUUCAAACAAUACAGAAAUCAUAGCCCGUUAAUGAGUUUUGGAGCCAGCUUUGUCAGUUUUUUGAAUGCCAUGAUGACAUUUGAGGAAGAAAAAAUGCAGUUGGCGUGUGAUGACUUAAAAACUACAGAAAAGCUGUGUGAAAGUGAAGAGGCUGGAGUAAUUGAAACAAUCAAGAAUAAAAUUAAGAAGAAUGUUGAUGUCCGAAAAUCUACCCCCUCUCUGGUUGAUCGGCUUCAGAGGCAGAUAAUCAUAGCUGACUGUCAAGUUUACCUGGCUGUGCUCUCGUUUGUAAAGCAAGAAUUGUCAGCAUAUAUAAAAGGUGGGUGGAUCCUUAGGAAAGCCUGGAAGAUUUACAAUAAAUGCUAUCUGGACAUCAACACCCUUCAGGAGUUGUAUCAGAAGAAGCUAACAGAAGAGGCUUUGACUUCUGACGCUGCAAAUGAUAACCACAUUGUGGCUGAAGGGGUGUCUGAGGAGUCUCUGAACAGACUGAAAGGUGCUGUGAGCUUUGGAUACGGCCUUUUUCACCUUUGCAUAUCCAUGGUGCCCCCAAACCUGCUCAAAAUCAUCAACCUGCUGGGUUUUCCUGGAGACCGCCUGCAGGGGCUUUCUUCACUGAUGUAUGCAAGCGAAAGUAAGGACAUGAAGGCCCCUUUAGCUACAUUAGCGCUGCUCUGGUAUCAUACUGUGGUCCGCCCAUUUUUUGCCUUGGAUGGCAGUGAUAACAAAGCCGGCCUGGAUGAAGCGAAGGAAAUUCUUCUCAAAAAAGAAGCUGCUUAUCCAAACUCUUCCCUCUUUAUGUUUUUCAAGGGACGCAUACAACGACUAGAGUGUCAGAUCAACAGUGCCUUGACUUCCUUCCAUACUGCUCUGGAGCUAGCAGUAGACCAGAGGGAAAUCCAGCAUGUUUGUCUGUAUGAAAUUGGUUGGUGCAGCAUGAUAGAGCUGAAUUUCAAGGACGCGUUCGAUUCCUUUGAGAGGCUAAAAAAUGAGUCCCGGUGGUCCCAGUGCUACUACGCCUACCUAACUGCAGUUUGUCAAGGAGCCACCGGUGAUGUGGACGGGGCACAGAUUGUCUUUAAAGAAGUUCAGAAGCUCUUCAAAAGGAAAAACAAUCAGAUUGAACAGUUUUCUGUGAAAAAGGCGGAGAGAUUUCGGAAACAAACCCCAACCAGAGCACUCUGUGUGCUGGCAUCCAUCGAAGUGUUGUACUUGUGGAAAGCCCUCCCCAACUGCUCCCCACCGAACCUACAGAGGAUGAGUCAAGCUUGCCAUGGAGUAGAUGAUUCAUCUGUCGUUGGAUUAAAGUAUUUGCUUCUUGGUGCCAUACACAAAUGUCUAGGGAACUCAGAAGAUGCUGUUCAGUUCUUUCAGAGAGCUGUCAAAGAUGAGUUGUGUCGUCAGAAUAACUUAUACGUUCAGCCAUAUGCUUGCUAUGAACUUGGCUGUCUUCUAUUAGACAAACCAGAGACUGUAGGAAGAGGCAGAACUCUUCUUCUUCAAGCAAAGGAGGAUUUCUCUGGCUACGACUUUGAAAACAGGUUGCAUGUCCGCAUUCAUGCUGCUCUGGCCUCAGUGAGGGAACUGGUCCCUCAGUGACAGACCCCGAGUUCCUGCUGUGUCCCUCCCCAACACAGGUUCUGCACUUUAAAAGCAGAGCACACCGCUCUUACGAAGAUCAGCUUUUCUUCCGAAAACCGUCUGGGCCCAGGACACGUUUCCUCAGUUAGGCUGAUGUAUUAAAGAUCUCCUCUUUUAAACACAUAGCUUAAAAAAGAAAAAUGAUGAUGAUGGUAGUAAUAAUAACUAACCACCUGGGGAGAGGGUUAAGUGACCUUGUUCAAACAUUUUAGUUUUGUGAUUUAUUAUUUUUAAAAUAAAAGUAAACUAAAUAUUCAACCUGCGAUCUUGUAGGAAUGCCUACCUGAAGCACACAUCUGACUUGGUAACACAACGUACCUGUAAAAUUAUUAACAGUAUCACAACAUAGUAUUUAUAUUGUGUUUUGAAAAAAAUAGCAGUGCUUUCCAGU